AUGCUGAUUGACGAAGAUGACAUUAGUAAUGACGUUAUCACCUUUGGCACGCGUUUUUCAAUAAUGUUUGUUUACAUUCGCGCUCGUUUCCGCUUCGAGCUGACUGGCAGAAAUCUGACAGCUCAGUCGAAGAAGUGGAAUUCAAAUUCCAGAGACGUAGUUGCAAGCUCUCCUUCCUUUUCACGCCUCGCCGCUAAGGCGCCUCGGAGAACUUACUCGCAGGCUUUUAAGGCUCACGAUUUUUUCGUACCUUUCCAUGGCAGCUUCCAGGCCCGCUCCUUUCAUGGUGAUCAGUCUCCUCGUAUGGUUUCCUUAACUCUCCAUCCUGCAAGACACAGUCUAAAGGCUUGUAGAGCGAAGUGGUACGUGUCAAGGGUACAGCACCUACCAGGGGAAAAACAGAGCAAGUGGUGGCAAGCGCCUUGGCGCGGUAUGAAGUCCAAAAGUGGUGACUUACUUUAUCAGAUACAAGUUGAAGGAUUUUCCGAUCCCUCCCAAUUGGACCAAGCCAAUGCCAUCAACGCAGCUUUCCUGGAGCAAUUGGAGGAAUACCAAUUACCAUUCCCCCUCCCCGCCUCCCCUUGGAGGAAUCACCCGAUAUCCCACAUUUAA